CUGUCAAAGUCAAAAUAUUCACUGCGCCGUCCCACGUGUUUGUAUUUCCUAAAAAUCUAAAGUUACGAAUUAUCCAGUAAUGUCUAAUGAAAACGAAGAUAUAAUGGAGGCCAGCUCGGCUGAAAGUGAAGACGACAGCAUGGACGAAGGCGAGGAGGGGGAAAACGAGGGUGGCGAAGAGGAGGCGCCCAAAACUUACCUUCCCGGUCAACCACUGAAAGAAGAUGAGCACCUGGUGUGUGACCAGUCGGCCUACGUGAUGCUGCACCAGGCGCAGACGGGCGCACCGUGCCUCAGCUUCGACAUCGUGGACGACAACCUCGGGCCCAACCGGGACGCGUUCCCGAUGACGGCGUACAUGGUCGCCGGCACCCAGGCCUCUAGCACACAUUUGAACAAUUUGAUAGUAAUAAAAAUGUCCAACCUGCAUUCCACAUCCAAACCGGAGAAUGAUGAGUCAGACUCAGAGGAUGAUGAUGAUGAUGAAGAAGAGGAUGAGGAAAAGAAGCCACAAAUGUCCUUUGCUUUUGUGAAACAUGCUGGCUGUGUCAACAGGAUUAGGGCUACAAACUACAAAAACUCAGUGCUAGCAGCGACCUGGUCGGAGCUUGGUCGAGUUGACAUCUGGAACAUCACCCAGCAGCUGCAAGCCGUGGACGAUCCCACAGUGCUGGAGCGGUACAACCUAGAUGUUGUCAAGAACCCAGUCAAGCCAAUAUACUCCUUUACGGGCCACCAGCAAGAAGGGUUUGGCAUGGCCUGGUGUCCUACUGAACCAGGAGUGCUAGCAACUGGAGACUGCAGAAGAGACAUCCACAUCUGGAGGCCAAAUGAGGCCGGCACCUGGGAUGUGGACCAGAGACCUCUGGUGGGCCACACAAGCUCCGUAGAAGACAUACAGUGGUCCCCAAAUGAAAGAAACGUGUUAGCAUCCUGUUCCGUAGACAAAACAAUCAGGAUAUGGGACACGCGCGCGGCGCCGCAGAAGGCGUGCAUGCUCACUGCGGAGAAUGCACACCAGAGCGACAUCAACGUCAUAUCGUGGAAUAACAAGGAACCUUUCAUAGCUAGUGGCGGCGACGACGGCUUCCUCCACAUCUGGGACCUGCGUCAGUUCACCACCAGCACUCCUGUAGGCACAUUCAAGCACCACACGGCGCCCGUCACCUCGGUGGAGUGGCACUGGACGGAGCCGAGCGUGCUCGCGUCUACUGGUGAAGACCACCAGGUGGCGCUGUGGGACCUCGCGGUCGAGAGGGACGAGGAGGAGGAGGUGGAUGAGGAGUUGAAGAAUUUACCUCCACAACUGCUAUUCAUACAUCAAGGACAGACGGACAUCAAGGAACUGCACUGGCACAAACAACUACCCGGGGUCAUCAUUAGCACAGCACAUUCUGGAUUUAAUAUAUUUAAAACAAUAAGCGUAUAGAAUAAAAAACACUAAAUAUAAAA